AUGAGAAAAAUGAUUUUUUCUUCGAAUUGUUCAUUGUCCACUACUAUUAUUUUAUUUCUAACUGCGUUUAUUUUUGUUUGGGCGGAAGAUCCAAUAUGCGCCAGGUGGCAGAAAAAUCUAUCAACAUAUUGCUUAUCGAAAACUUCUGGAUUCUUCAGAAAAUUCCAUGAACGCCAUUUUGAUAACCCAGCUGUGAUGUCACACUUCAACUCGACAGCGGAACGAAUUAUUAAAUGUUUUGACAAUCUUCCUUGCCGUACAACUCUAGAUGUUAAAAUAAGAAAUCGUGUUGGUGCAUAUCGUGAUACAAUGUUUGCUCUAACAGAUUCAUUUGUCAAAUGUGCUAAAGUAUUGGAAGCUCAUAAUUCUGAUUGUUUUUACUCUUGGGAUCCGUUUCUUGGGAUUGAUGGGGAUGGAAGGAUCCUUGAAAACUUUGAUACGCGAGAUGUUUGUAAAAACUAUUUCGGACCGAGGGAUUGCAUAAGACACGAAAUUAUUGAUUACUGUACUGUGGAGGCAUGGAGAAGUUUUAAGAAGAGUGCCAAGGCAUUUGGAGAGCAAAUUUACGGGUGCGACUUCAGAGGCGUCUUCGUUUUUCCAGUUCGAUAUAAUCAUUAA